AUGAAUCAUUCAGAUAGAGAUGCAUAUCUACAAUUAGGUGAGAAAUUAAAUCAAAAACAUUCAGAUCAAUUAUCAACCCAGCUACAAAUUUUAAGAUCAGUAUUAAUAAAUUUUAUUAAUGAAAAUGGUGAAGAAAUUCAAAAAAAUCCUGAAUUUAGAUCAAAAUUUAAUGAAUUAAGUCAACUGAUUGGAAUGGACCCUUUAGAUGUUUUGAUUUAUUCUAAUUCUACUACAAAUCAAAAAGAAAAUUAUAAUAAUUUUUUGAUUGGAUUAUCUAUUAAAAUUGUUGAAGUAUGUCAAGAAACUAGAGAUUUGAAUGGUGGAUUAAUCAAUUUAAAUGAAUUAAUAUCAAUACUUAAAAUGUCUUUUGAAUCAACUAUAUCAAAAGAUUUAAAUCUAAAGAUAGAACUAAAAGAUAUUGAAAAAUCAAUAACAAAAUUAAAAUCAAUGGGUAAAAAUUAUGAAAUUAUAACUAUAAAUAAUAUAAAAUGGUUAAAAUUUUCAUCUAUAGAAAAUUUAUCAAAUGAUCAAAUUAAAAUUUACGAAUUAUGUGGAUUCAUGGGUGGGUUUGUUACGCAUAGAUUAAUUAAAGAUAAUUUUGGUUGGGAUGGUAUAAGAUGUAAAAAUGUAAUUGAUGAAAUGAUAAUGAAUGGACUUUUAUGGGUUGAUUCUCAAGGUGGUGAAGAAUGGCAAUAUUGGGAACCUUCUUGGAUAUCACAUUAA